ACCGCUUUAAACAAUCCGCUUGAGCUCCAAUCGCGGCCGUCAAGCAUUUUGUGCACUCGUGUUGAGCCACGACGACAAGGACGCGACGAGGGGAACCAGCUCCUACUGGAGUAAAGCCAUUGCACCUCCAUGCCUCAUCCAUGCCAGCAAGAUUGAUAACUGCAGGAAUGAUCUAAUGAGGACUAUUGGGCCAAUGCUCGCUACAAAAAAACAGUGUCCACUUUCAUCUGAGAAACGUCCCAACGGACAGACUGAUUAAAUGCUAAAGGAUCCUUAAAAUAAAUCCUCUUUUUUUUUUUGCAACAUUUGUUUUGAAUCCAGCGGAAUCAUGGGAGCUACAGGUUACGGCUACUAUCGCGUGACCAUCUUCUUCUCCAUGUUUAUUGGCUACAUGCUGUACUUCUUCAAUAGAAAGACAUUCUCCUUUGUGAUGCCUUCAGUGAUGGAGGAGAUAAAACUGGACAAAGAUGACUUGGGUCUGAUCACCAGCAGUCAGACCAUGGCCUACGCCAUCAGUAAGUUCAUCAGUGGCGUGUUAUCGGACCAGAUCAGUGCCCGCUGGCUUUUUUCUAUUGGCCUCUUUGUGGUGGGAGGCAUCAACGUGGUCUUCUCCUGGUCCUCCACGGUCACCAUGUUCUCACUGCUAUGGUUCGUCAAUGGCCUGGGACAAGGUUGUGGAUGGCCACCGUGUGGAAAGGUGCUCCGCAAGUGGUUUGAGCCGUCCCAAUUUGGAACAUGGUGGUCUGUGCUGUCGUGCAGCAUGAACCUGGCAGGGAGUCUGGGCCCUAUCUUGGUUACCGUGCUCCUACACUACUAUGACUGGAGGACCAUCCUAACUAUGUCAGGUGUCUUCUGUGCUGCCUUCUCACUUGUGACUCUGGUGUUGGUGAGAAAUGAGCCAAAAGAUGUGGACCUGCCUAGUAUUGGGAUGGCACCGAAGAAGGGAGCAAUAAAACGCAACAGUGAGAGUACCCUGAGUGAGUUCCUCAUGUCCCCUUUCCUAUGGGUGCUUUCUCUGGGUUACUUGGUGGUGUUCGGGGUGAAGACAGCAGCGACAGAUUGGGGCCAGCUUUUCCUAAUGCAGGAGAAAGGCCAGACUGUUCUUAUGGGGAGUACUUACAUGAGUGCCUUGGAGGUAGGCGGCUUUGUAGGAAGCCUCGCAUCUGGUUUAAUCUCUGACAGAGCUGUUGCUCGUUCCGGCCUGGGCACACAUGGCAACCCUCGCCACAGCUUGCUCAUUACCAUGAUGGCUGGUAUGUGUGUGUCCAUGUACCUCUUCAGGGUCACCAUCUCUCCUGAAAUCCCAAAGGAGGCUCCUUUUUGGGUCCAAGUCAUCCAUCCUGUGUCUUUGCUUCUCGGUGUUUCAGAAAAAGAGAUAUGGAUUCUUUUUCUCGGUGCUUUGUUUGGAUUUUCCUCUUACGGGCCGAUUGCCUUGUUUGGUGUGAUUGCAAGUGAAAGCGCUCCUUCCAAUUUUUGUGGAACCUCACAUGCCAUUGUAGCACUGAUGGCAAACGUUGGGGCUUUCCUGGCUGGACUCCCUUUCAGCACUAUUGCCAAACAAUACAGCUGGGAUAUGGCAUUCUGGGUAGCUGAGGUCCUAAUGGCCAUCACUACAGUUUUGUUCUUCCUUUUUCGCAACAUGCGCACCAAGAUGGGAAGAAGAGAAAAAAUGGACUAAUGUAUGUUCUUCAAAAAAUUCAUCUCUAUGAAAGAUACUAGUCAAGUCAUAGAUACUCAGGGUGAAUAUGAAUUGAACUUGGAUUCACACUAUUUGAAGGGUAAUAUGAAUGUUUCUCAUAUUAUUUAUAAAAACAAUGCUUUAUCAUGCCAAAUGAUAGUUUUAUCCUGAAAACAAUACAUUAGAAGUGAAUUUAAAAUACUGAUUGUUUUCUCACUGGUUUGUUUGUUAGACUGCCUAAAUCCAUAUUUGCACCUACAUAGACUUCACUAUCAGUUGACGGGAAACGGGCUGCGCUGCCGCUCUGUUGGGGGCCUAUUUUCAAAAACUUAAAAUUCAAAUAUUUUCCAAACCAAAGUCAUUAGCGACCUAAAACCAAAACAGGCAUAUAUAAGUCUCCAUGAGCAGCGGCAUAAAAUUUUUUAAAGUCAUUCACAAAAAAAAAUGCUGAUUAAUUGUUUUUUUUAUACAAGUAUAACAAAACUUAAAAGUGCCUGUGACACAAAAAAGCAUGUUUAAUUCAUAUUACACGUGGUAUUUUAUGCUCCUGAGUCCUGAAUGAAAUUGACCGCUUGGAUGUGUGUGGAAGAGAUCGAUAUAUUUAUUCCGUUUUAUGAAUCCCGCGCCAUGAAAAUGAGUGACUUCCUGGAUUGAGGAAGAAUGCGAAUGUGACGUCAGCGGACUAAUCAUUUUCACAAUAAAGCCAUUACUAUGGUAUGCAGAAGGACUGCGGAUUCAGUUGUUUUUUUCAGAUUAAUUUGUUUUUUAUGCGUCACGCCAGCCCAAUGUGCUGCAGGCUUUUGUUGCUACACCAGGGAGAGUGGUGUGAGGCUUUUUGGAUUUCCAAAAGCUCCUGUUCACUGUGAAGAAUGGGCAAAACAAGUCCGACAAUCUAGAGAACAUUAGACGGAUGACGGCGUGAGUAAGAUACGUGUUUUAUGUUAUGUCAAAUACUAGGAUCAUGACAAACGUUUUAAUAAAGAGGUGGUUUGCAUUUUGUGGAUGCCUCCAUCAUCACACAGAUGGAGGCGCUAGGUCGCUAUAAUGACAGGCGGGGCUAAACGCCAGAUUAAAAGACUCAUUUCUCGUCAUCUACGCUUUGCCAAAUUGUUGCAUAUAGUCGAAUCGUCUCAAAAUAUGAGUUUAAUUAGCAUAAUAUUGCUAUUUAAGAUUUUUUACGGUGUCACAGGCACUUUAAAAUGGCUGUAAAAUUAUCAGAUUUCCACAAAAAUCUCCAAAUGCAGAGAUGAUCACCUAUAUUUUCAGGAUCAAUAGCAAUAUUUAACAUAAUGCACAUUUUUGCCUGAACUAGCGACUUCAUUUUUUUUAAUUUAGUGCAAUUUUGACCUAAGUUUUCAACAGCUAAUAAAUCACUCAAUUUUCACAUCAGAAACGUAAUACUUGAGGAAACCAUGCAGAAUCAUCUUAAUUUUACUCAACAAAAGCAAAUUUAGCAUUUUUCAAUUUAUAAUCACAACUUACUCUCGUUGAAUUCCGAUGUCACUAUUGCCUCAGCACGUCUUGCCGGCUAUUUGGCCCUCGUUGUUUUUAGAUUGAAAUGUUGCAUAAAAAAAGCAUGUAAAAGACUUUUUUGUAUGGAGAUGGGAAAAUGUCUAAAUUGCUAGUUAAUUUGCCAAAAAAACGGGCAAUUGGCUGAAAGUUACGUGAUUAUUUGAAUGUAAAGUUACACUAUUGUAUAUGGCUACAAAAUCCAAGAUGGUGGCCAUCACAAAAUAAAGAGCUUUUUAAGUUGAAAAUUCUUGUAAAUAAAUGUGUAAAUCCCAGAAUUUCUAGAGAUAUGAACGUAAAACAGUCUCGACUCUUGGUUAAAAGCGAAAAACCGGGCCGUUAUCAUUCAUUUUAUGUAAAUAGUUCAAGCUAAAGUUACAGUAAUUUUUUCCAUUUUUUUCAGAACGUUUCAAAGAGCAUGCAUGGUUCUAUUUUAUAUAAUAAUGACCUUGAAUCCUUGACCAAAUCACUGUUGAGACACUCCUGCCAGCUUGUAUGCACGAAAACUUUUGUCCUGUUUCCACCUAAAUCCGGCGUUAGAACGCAGGGUGUGUUUGAGUUUAUCGCAGUGAAAGCUCCACGACACUCUGUCUUGCCCGGCCCCCUAAGGGAAGCUAUGGCACAAUGUCUGUAGGCGCUGUCUCGUCAACUGAUAGUGAAGUCUAUGGCACCUAUUUGGUAGACAUCAUUGAAUAGUCAGACUAAAAUGAAUGAUUAAUCAUUAAUGUGAUAGUUGCUUUUAAUCUGUGUAUUUUUUUGGAGUACAUAAUUUGUAAUUGCCUGUGAAGAAAAUGUUCAAAUAUAAAUGGAUUUUGAGUAGGGUUGCCAAUUUUCCCUUGAAAAACUAAAUCGUACGGUAUUCAGACACAAAAGUAUGCGUCCCCUUGAGCUUUAUUAUCAUCAAACUCGAAAAUUGUGUCUUAUUUGUAGAACAAACAAAUGGUAUGGUGCUUUACAAGAAUAUUCAGGGAAACGCAUUUCCCCUGCCUCUCCUGCUUUUUGACCAAUAAGCUGACGGAACAAUGACAUUACGAAAUCCCAAUCAACUCGUUGGUCGAGGUACUGUCGCUAACAGAAGACAACAUAAGUGUGUGGGAGGUUUGAGUGAAGCAAGAGUAAAAAAUAUAUUCAAAAUGGUGAUUGUUUUCAUGUUCUUCUCUGUGUACUCCAUUUUCAGCAACUGAAUUAUAUUUUUGUGUUCUGUCAAAUAUUUGGAGUGAUCAUUUGUGAAAAUGUU